AUGCAGCAGCCACGUGAAGCGGCCGGCACCGCCGGCGGCGGCUUCUCCUGGGUGUUCGUCGCCGUGAUGUUCGUUUUGAUCACCUUCAACUCAGUCAUGGCAGUGUACCACUCCCAGGGCGACGCGGCGAUGGUCGCCUUCGUCGCUACCUCCUACGCGGACCUGCUUCUACUCUUCUUCAGCCUCUGGCUCUACAAGAGGGCCACCCUCGGCUCCACCCGGAGGAACCGGCUCAAGGCAUCCGUGUGGAUUCUCACCACCAUGCUCACCUUCGCCUUCUCCUACAUGGUCAUGGGCGCGGCCGGGCUCACCCUCCCCGUGGCGCUGCUCGUUUGGUUCAUCGCGGCGGCCACCGGGAUCGGUGCCUUCUCGGCCUUCUUUGAGCAGGGCAGAAUCAACCCAGCACCACCGGGUGAACCCAUGCUGCUGCCACCGGUGUAG